AUGGCAGGUGUUGACCCGGAGGUUAUGGUUCUGGAUUCCUCAGCUGCCUUCAAUGGAUCGUUUGAAAUUGGAGCUCUGGCAUUUGCCACGCAAGACGACUUGAAGAAGGUGGAAAUGAAAGCAGAUGACAACUCCCAGAGAAUAGAUAACUUGGAAGACUCAUUGGGAUCCCUGAGCAACCGAGCCAUCGCAGAGCUGGAAGCCAAAAUCCAAGAGUUCAUGAACAAGGUCCAACAGGGUCAGGAUAGGCAAGACGAAAAGAUUAGUGACAUUGCUCAGAAGAUUGACGAUAUUGAAGAUAUGAAUGUUGAACGCAUCAACGUGAUAAGUGACGAGAUCCUGAAAUUGAAAGCAGAAGGCUCGGGCAAGACCGAAUUAGUGGAUGAUUUGGGCACAAAAUUGGUGAAUCUCACAAAGAACCUUGAAACCAUUCAUAGAGAACAAGAGAUCAAAAUGCGGGAGUUUGAGGAACUUAAGAUGGAUAUUGACACGGUUGAGUCGAGGAUUGAGGAAAGUAUUCUCAAUGGAGAGACUAUUACAACGAUCCAAAGAGAAUUGGGCGAACAACAGAACGCCAUAGAUCGGACCAAAAUGGAACUUCAAGAGCUCAUCACCCAAUCGAAUAUCAUGUGCACUGACAAACAUGAAUCGUUGUUGGCCAAUCUGACCAAUCUAGAAUUAUCGUUUCAAGUUGUCGAAUCCAUGCUCCAAUCCAAUUUAGCAUCAACUUGCAACGACUUUAAACAAAGCCACGAAUCCCUCAAGUCCAAUGUGACGAGAUUGGAAGAGCUGAUUUUGGAAGUGAGUGAAAUCACUCCUAACGUGACGGAGUUGGAAACCUCAGUUGACGAUCUAAAGGCCAUGCUCAUAGGAGAGUUGGUGGAAAUACAAGAAGCUUUACUGGAGUAUCAGUCUGGUUUGGCCGCCAAUGUCACAACUUUAGAGAUGAGCUUGAAGGCCAUGCAAAUGGAUCUGGAGUCAAAAUUAGAGGCAUCAGACGACGCAAUCAGGAUGAACGUUACAAACCUGGAUGAUACGGUUCAAACCAUCAAAGACAUGUUGCUCGAAACCCUUCAAAGUAACGACCAAAUUUCCUCGCAACAGCACCAGAUUUUAGAAACUAAUGUGACACACCUUCAGAAUUCGUUGAUUGAGAUUCAAAAUAUGCUUCAACUCGAGCUUAACAUGAAUCAAGAGACAUUGCAAGCAAACGUGACAACUUUGGAAGAAACUUUGGACAAGAUCAAGGUCAUGAUCUUGGAAGCUCUCUCUCAGAAAGAGGAGCACAUUCUCGGCUCUCAAAAUGAUCUCCGCGCCAAUGUGACAGCAUUGGAAGGAUCCUUAAAGGACCUGUAUGAAAUGCUCCAGUCCAAGGUCAACUCCAACCAUCAAGGUCUCCAAUCCAAUGUGACCACACUCCAAACAACCAUCGAAAAUAUCCAUAUGACGCUCUUGAACACCUUGGCGUCCAACAACGAAAACACUUUAGAAGAAUACGACAACCUAAAAGGUAAUGUUACUGCCCUUGAACAAGGAUUGGCCGAGGUUCAAGGAAUGCUAGACAAUCAAAUUGGCACCACUCAAGAUACUCUACAGAGCAAUGUGUCGGACUUGGAGAUGAAGUUGCAACAGAUCAAGGACAUGCUCAGCUUGACCAUUCAAAACAAUAUUGAAACCUCCAUUGGGAAUCACGAGAGUCUGAGAGCAAAUGUGACCCAUUUAGAGACAUCGCUCUCGGAAAUUCAUGGUUUGCUGCAGAACCAAUUGCAACUUACUGAAGAAAAUAUUACCUCUAACGUAAAGGAUCUAGAGUCAACUGUGGAGGAGAUCCAACAAAUGCUGCUUGAGGCUUUACAAAUGAAUAAACAAGACGCCCAGCUCCAGCAUGAGGAGCUCAUCUCAAAUAUCACCAGCAUUACCGAGACCGUCGACGGAGUAAAGGCUAUGGUUCUGGACGGUCUUCAGACCAACCACGAAGACGCCAUGCAGAAGCACGAGAGUCUCAAGUCAAAUGUAACGACCUUAGAAAUGAGUGUCGAUCAGAUUCGCCAAAUGUUUGAAGCCGGAUUGGAGGCAAGUCACGAAAUGGCCGAUCAAAAGCACAUGGGCUUGGUGUCGAACAUAACAAAUCUUCAAACCACCAUUGUCAACAUUCAAGAAGUGCUGCAAGAAAAGCUGGCUCAGGCGCAAGACAGUCUUCGGUCCAACGUGUCCACCUUAGAAAACACAGUGGACGAGAUCAAACAAAUGCUCCUCGAAACAUUACAAAACAAUGUCGAAUCAUCGUCACUUCAGCAUGAAAACUUGAAAACCAAUGUGUCGGCUUUGGAGAUGAACCUCCAAGAAAUACACGAGAUGCUGAAGAAUGAUCUAACAGACGCACAAUCAAACUUGAGCUCCAAUGUGACAGAUCUGGGUGAGACAGUGAAUCAAAUCAAGGACAUGCUACUCAUGGCCUUGCAACAACAUCAAGUCAGCCACUUUGAACAACACCAAAGCUUGCGGAACAAUGUGACAGUCCUAGAGUCUGGCCUGGAUGAUAUUCGUGACAUGCUGAUUGAGGGGCUCUCUGUGGCUGAACAAGGAAAUCUGGAAAAGCACGAGAGUCUCAAAUCGAAUGUGUCCAACGUGGAGGCGAUGAUCAUGGACAUUAAGGCUCUCCUCACCGAGGGAUUAAACAAGACGAUGAACGCUGCGUCCGACAAUAGCUUCAUCCUCAAGGCAAAUGUGACGAAUUUGUCCGAACUAAUCAUGACGGUCAAAACGGAUCUGCAGGACUCCAUUCAGAACACGAGGAAUACUUUGGCCGUUGAGAAUGAGAUUUUUCACUCGAAUGUGUCAAAUCUCAACGAUAACUUGACAUCCUUUAAAGCGAUGCUCUCAGAGGGCAUCAUGGACACCCAAGACCAGAUCCUAGAGAGCCACUCUACCUUAAAAGCCAACGUGUCAGAGCUGGAAAUGAUUGUCUCAGAGUUCUCAAAAAUGUUUCAAUCUGAAUUGAUGCAGAAUCACGAGUCUUUCGUUGAGAAUUAUGACAGCUUGAAGAGCAAUGUGUCCAACGUCGAAGCCAUUGUUCAGACACUUCAACUGGGCCAGAUGCUUAAUACGGAAAAGAGCGGGCAAUUACAACGGGAGCAAGAGCUCAUGAAUGCCACCGUGGAAGGUAUUCAAGAAAAGAUCAUGGACCUGAUGAUGACCAACGUGGAGCAAGGCCAAGGAUAUCAGGAUCUUCGCGAAAGGGUUGAUGAAUUGGAAUUGGCAGUGGUCAACUUUGAAGACAAAACUGAUGGCGCCACAGGCCAGUUCCAAGAGGAGAUUUCCAACGUUGGCCAAGAUCUGGAACAACUGGAGACAUUCGUCAUGGCCUUAAAUACUAGCGGAGGGUUAUUAGACAUGAUGCAAGACAUGAUCAAGGCAAAUCUAUCCCAGGUCAACAACCUAAUUUCAGAAGUGCAGGCCGAAAUCGUAGAUCAAGGGGUAACGCAAAAAUCCCUCGAAGAUCGCCAAGAAUCAGUUAUAUCGUCUCUCAGAGAUUUGGGCAUGGCUCUGGCAAUCAUCGAGUCCAGUGUGUCAGCGCAUACGGAUCAUAAUGCGGCCACCAAUCAGAUGUUGAUGGCCAUCAAGUCCACUGCCGAGGAAUUGGAAGCUCGAGUGGAGGCAUUAGAUAACGUAACGCUCCAAGUAGAGACUUUGGACCAAGGACAAGCCAAUCUGGAGGAAUCAUUAGAUGAUUUGAGGAACUUUGUAGCUGGUAUCCAGCAGGAUGUGGGCCAACAAAAAGAGCUCCAUGAAGCCUUAAAUGAGGAUCAUUUGUCGUUGAAGACCAAUGUGACUCAAUUAGAAAGUCAAGUGGCUGACCUUCAGCAAAUCGAUUUAGCUCAAAUUGAGCAAAACAACGAAGUGAACGAGAAACUAAUGAAUCUGAUGAAUAAUUUGAAUAACGUGAAUAACCUCGUGACCAGUUUCCAAUUGAACGAUUUCCCCAAUAUCACGAAUACCUUGUCCCAGCUCCGUGGAGACUUGACAAACCUUGGGAGUGUGGUCGAAGAAGAAAUGCUUGGCAGCGACGAAUCGAAGACACUCUUGGAUGAAUUGAGAUCCAAAGCCGAACUCUUGAUGAGCCAACUGUCUGAUUUAUCCAGCACAUCGGCCACGAAAACCGAAUUGAACGACGCCAAGGAAGACCACAACACCGCAAUAUCUUCUCUCCGGGCAAUCGUGGACGAAAACUCGAUGAAUAUCACCGAGGUGAGCACUCUCCUUGGGGAAUUCAUCCUGGUCGCUGAAGAGACCCUGACGACGAAAAACAUCUUCUUUCAACAAGUGCUUCGAAUCGACAGCAUCUUCGGACUCAUCAACGAUCUCCAAGGGUCAACGGCUAAAAACUUCACACUAAUCCGGGCCGAGUAUGACACAAUAGCUCCGCAGCUCGUGGAUCUAGUCCAAUUCAAAACCGACUCGCAAACCCAACUCAACCAGUUCAAUACCGAGCUGACUGCCUUGGGCGGUUUCCGAGUGACAGUUGGGAACACGCUCAAGCAGCUGAGAGACCAAAGUCAAAAUAUGUGCGUAACACUGUCGCAAUUCACAGAUCUAAAGGGUGCAGUGGACACUAGUCUGGGUCGGCGGUGGUUCCUCCAGGAUUUCCAGCAGAUCGCACCACCCGUCUGCGUCGUUUAAAGAGGACGCGCAAACAUUUCUCCCGUCUGCUGCUUGGGAACCCUGAAUAGUAUUAUUUAUUUUAUUUCUUGACUUAGCUUUGUUAUACAUCUUUUACCUAGGACAUUAUUGCGAUUAUAUACGACUACAGAUGAAUGAAUUAGUCAUAAACACAUGUACCAUACUAA